UUUUCGUAUCAUAAUUUCGUGUUUACUCGAGUGAGCAGUCGAUCUCGCUCGCCGGGGCGACAAGGCUAUCAACAUGAAGCCUUCGGCUUCUUUCUCGCUUUUGGUGAUGAUAUCUCUCUACAUCAGUCUAUCAAAAGCACAAGAUAAUAUGUCUGGUCCUUGCACAGCGAUAGCGGGCUCUAUCAAUGAGUUCCAACUGGAGGAUUUAGACGGGAAAGUGCAAGAUCUACGGGACAAAGUUGUCUUGGUCGUUAACGUGGCGUCCUUCUGAAGUUUGACGAAGGUGCACUAUGAACAGUUGAAUGCAUUGAAAGAGCGCUUCAAGAGUGACCGGUGUGGACUAGAAAUUGUGGGAUUUCCAUGUAACCAGUUUAAACUUCACGAGCCCGGCGAUACUGCCACAGAGAUAAGAAACUGUGUGAAGUAUGUCAGGCCUGGUGGAGGCUUUGAGCCGAAUUUCCCGCUUAUGAAAAAGACGGAAGUCAAUGGGAUAAAAGAGCAUCCUCUUUACACAUUCCUCAAGACCAGUUGCCCGUCCCCAGAUGGCGUCAUAAGAGAAGACAGGUACAAGGACGUGCGCGUCCUCUGGUCCCCUAUCAAGAGCGAUGACAUAAGCUGGAACUUCGAGAAAUUCCUCAUUGAUCACCGCGGGAAGCCUGUGCGCCGAUACAAGCCGAGACUCUUCCCGGAGAGAAUGGUGCAAGACAUUGAUUCCGUGAUCAACUGUUGCAAGUCAGCGGCAUACUGCCAGAAGGAAGGAUUGUAAAGAUCUACAAAUCGCACUAAUGUAGCCUGCGAGCCGACUCUCUCUUGGGUUUAUUUUAAAGACUUUCCUAAAUGUCCUGGACAACAGCAAAAACUCUCGCCCUCGCAUCUGUGUACCUUAAAGUCUGCUUUAAAAAAUAUAUUAUUUUUAUAUUUAUUCCAAAGUUUAUCUCAAUAGGCAUUCAUGCAUUCCGAAAACAUAUCUAGAUAAACCCAAAUGAGAGCUGGCUAGCAAUCUAACCGCACAAUAAUCCAUAUUAUUUCAAAAAUCGCUAUUUAUUCAAUCAAUCUUGUUUUUUUAUCACAUCCAGACCCAUCAUAUAACAAGUUUGUUUAUCAUAAAUCAUAAAUUGUAAAUCUAGUUUGUUGUAACACGGCCCUCUUGACCCGGCUUAUGACGAACUGGUUCCAAACUGCGCAUGAGCAGUAGAUCAGUUCUGAUUGGAUGAGAGUCGCGUGCAGUCUUCAAUGCAUUCAGCUGCACAGUCGUCUCCUCCGCCAGAAAACAGAGUGGAAGUGUUUGUAAGAAGAGUAAGAUGUGUAGGAAAUAAAGCAAGCGUAUAACAAUAUAAAAUUUAAAUAAAAAAUAAAUGGAAUAAAAUUCGAUAAAUAUA